UCUGUAAACGACUUAUGUGACACCUUGCAGAAAAUGAGCAGCUAAUUUUUUACGGACUGGGAUGCUGAGUAGUGUUUCCGUUUUUGCGGGGUCUUAGUAUCGCUGUAUCUCACCUAAUCGGGAUUUAGUCUCUUACACAACCAUUUCUACCGUGCUUGGCUUAUCACAUCCAAAAUAUAGAAAGAUUGAUUCCAGAUUCCAAGAAUCUGCACCUGCAGACCGCCUAGCAUUUUUUUUUUUGUUAUCCCAGUCGGCCGUGAAGGAUGCGGAAUGUCUUUGUAUUGAUCUAGCGACGAGAGAAAAAGAGGAGAAUCGAUCGAUUACGCCGCCACUACUGACGCUCAACUGACAAGAAACAAAAGUCCUGCGAGACGAUCGCUCCGUGCGGAAACCAUCAAAUUUCAUUGAUUUAUCCUUUUACUGUGAGUUUCUUUCGUAAACUGGGCCCAGCAGUAAAAAGUAUCGGAAUAUGAUGUGAAACACAACAUUAAAGAAAACUACUAAUUAGUUCAGUAAUCACAGUGUGGUAUUGAUCCAAUGGAGGACUUGUGCAAAUUAAAUGAAAUAGUAAUUACAGAGGACACAUAUGUUCAGGGAAGUCACCUGCUAUACAAGGGUGGUGUGAGUUAAUUAUGAUGACAUGGAUGACGUGACAAAAUUUGAGAUUGAAUUGGACAAAGACAUCUACUAUGCAGGGGAGACCCUUACGGGGCAUGUUAUAGUACAAAAUACCGAAAAUAUCAAAGUACAGGGAAUAAGGCUUCUACUGCGAGGAAAGUCCCACGUGGAAUGGAAGAUCACGAAAGCGGGAGAGAGAAGAAGCGUUAAAGAUGACGAGUAUUAUAUCGACGAGAAGAAAGUCAUAUGGGGGAAAGAUAAAAAAGAAAUAGAAGGAGGUGUACCCAUCAUGCCACGGGGCAACCACAGAUACAAUUUCCAAUUCAAACUUCCGGAGAGCACACUUCCUUGUUCCUUUGAAAGUAAGGUCGGCACCAUUCGAUACUACAUACGGGCGACAAUGGACAUGCCUGUGUCCUCCUCCCCACAAAGCAAAAAAUACUUCACAAUCAUUGGUCCACAUAUCGACUGCAUGGAUGAGCGUUACCUGACACCUACUCGGGCCAGUGAUAAGAGGUAUUCCUGCUGUUUCUGUUGUUCUCAAGGCCCUGUAUCAUUGGAAGCUGUCCUAGAAAGAAGUGCCUACUGCGCAGGAGAGAACAUCAAACUUCGCGCAGAAAUUCAAAAUGGUAGCGAUCAGGACGUCUGGAUCGUAUGUAAACUUGUGCAGCAUGUUGAGUUUUUCAUCAAUAAAGGAGUUCUUGGUUUAUGCAAAGAAGUGUCUCACAAAGUAUGGCAGUACCGUGGGGAGACGGUGCAUGCGCAGGCAACCGAAAAGUUUGACGACCUCCAGCAACAUCUCCAACUUCCGGUGGUGCCACCAUCAAUGGUGGAUGUUUGUAGUUUAGUACAGAUCUAUUACACCCUAAAGGCCUGUCUAGUAAUGGAGGACUCGGGAGAGGUUCUUGAUCUUCAUUUUCCGCUGACAAUUGCGACAACGCCUUAUAGAAUAUCCAACGCACCUUAUCCCAUCCUGCAGUAUGAUCAUUGUGUCCCUAAUGUAGAGGGAGGUAUGUACGUCAGCUCAGAGUUCCAGCUGGGUCAGGUUUACAUGGGAGAUGGAGAAGAGGAGACGGAUGAGGUCAUCUUGUACCGACCCCUCUAUGUCUGUGUACCUCACGAGCGUGUUCAGGUCAACAACGUAGAAAAAGAGGGUACUGUCAGUCGUGCGGCCUCUCGGAUGUCGAUGACGAGGCUAAGCGACCGUCUGAAGUUUAAGGAGCCCAGGGUCACCGCAAUAUCGAUAUCCUCAGAAAAAAUAGACUCCUCAAAACCCGAUAGUGAAGAGGCUUCCCCAUCCCUUGUGACAUCUACAAAAGACGGACUCUCACCUUUAUUUGCCCAAGUUGACCUUGAAUCACAAUUUAAUCAAAAACCACCAAAUGACGUCAUAAAAGGACAACUUGAAGAUCUGUGUGAACAGGAAACGGAAACGGAAGUGUUAGUGAAGAAGACAGACAUUACAAGCCCUGAGAUCAAGGUUCAAGUCGAUGUGAGUGACGGAAAUGUGGAAACAUCUCAAACAAGCUCAUGAAUGACCCCAUGACGUCAUUAAUCUUACAAAGUAUCUCUAUGCCAUCAGUUGAAAAGUAUUAUGCCUCACAAGACUGAUGUUGCAUCAACACACGAGAUGUGUCUGAGCUGGUAAAACGUCAUUGCAAGAAAACUUAAUAUUUUUCUUUAAAUCAAACGCACAUUUCAGCAGAAGAAAAUGUAUAUGAUGCACCUUUUCUAUUGGAUUAGUGAACUUUGUACGUUUUAAAAGUGGUCCUAAUUCUUAGGGAAAAAAAGACACUUUGUAUUUGACUUCAUGAUGAAGAUGUGAUUUUUUUUUGUGUCUAUUUUAGUAUUUUAUAACAAGAUCACGUGAGCAUUGUUCAGAGCUACCAGUCACGUGAUGACAAUGUUGUGCCAUGUGUAAGACUGGUAAUACGAACUGGAAUAUACAUAUCCUUGGUACACACCGUACAAAAAAGUGAAUGAAUGAUCGAUACAAUUAAAUGUAAACAAUCAAAUCAAUAAAUUAUUAUCUGAA